UGAAGGCCAACGACCCGGACGCUAUAAUGUUCCUGCGGCUCCGCUACGGCGCCUUUUUGGCCACAAACAACAACAUGGAGAAACUGGUCGACUGCCCCGACCUGGUGGUGUUCCGUACCGAGAACCACGAGCUGAGCACCAGGGUGCUGAGGGCGCCUAACCCGUACCGGCGCUACAUCGGCGCCGACAUGGCCGAGCUGUUUCUGCUUCAGGAGCUGGACAAGAUCUCUCUGCUGCGCAAGCCCCUGGACGGUCAGGAGUGGUGCCUGAGCUUCGCGCUGGGCGGCCUCCUCUUCCGCUACCACAUGGGGCUCAGCUUCGGAGACGACGCCCAGACUGGGCCGCAGGAGAUCUCCCUCUCCGAGGUGUGCGAGCGUUUCGCGGUGCGGCGCUUCGAAGACCUCCGCACGCUGUCGUUCUACGCCAUGGAACACACGAAGCACACCUGGGUGGCCUUCGACGACGACUGGUCCUUGGCACGCAAGGCCUUACUCGCCCGGCAGCGGGAGGGUCCACGCAUGUGCGUGGCCGUGUACCACGUCGAGCUCGACGACCACCGGCAGUCUUGCGGCAACGGUCCAGCGCCCGUGCUACGCAGGCUGCAGCGCCUGGUCAUCAACGGGACCGCAUAGCGGGCUGCUGCCUCCCGCGUCGCCUUUUCGACCCUACACGGGCCACCCUUAUUUUUCCCGCCUUCCAAAAUGCUUCCAAAAUGUCUUGCAUUUUCAUCAGAUUUUGCGUAUAUUAUAGCACGAGAAAAUGUUCACUUCCGCUUUUAUUUUUACGUUUAGUUCUUCACAUACAAAGGCACAUACUCAACAUAUAGUAGUGUCUACUUCUUCAGAGAAAGUCGACGUUUAUUCGGAACGCCUCCUCACCAUCAAAAAGAACUAUUAUCAGCACCAUCAUGAUUUGUUCUGCCCGUUGAAUAUG